AUGUUUGUAAAUUAUGCAGCGGGCAUAGAUGAGGCGACAUCUGUCGACAAAUGUCGCCGCAGGAUGGGCCACUUAGCAGGAGAAUUGUCACGGACUCAACGAGCACUCAGAGCGACGUUGAGAUUGCGGAGAACGUUAAUGCUCACCUCGCAAAGUUCUGUACCAGAAUUCAGCGACAAAAGCGUAAUGCAAAGAGGCUAUGUAGCCGGAGCGAGGGCUUCAAAAAGCAGCGACACUAGGGAGUGGGGGGGCCGGGUCGCGCUGUGGGGGGUGCUGCCGCUGUGGCGCGCCGCCCCCCCGCCAGACACCGUGCUCUCGCUGCGCCCGCCCACACCAGCUGACUGCUGGCCUUUCAGCGGAUCACAAGGCGAAGUUGUUAUCGAGUUAGCACGUAAAGCGAGACUGAGCCAGCUGAGUGUAGAGCACGUGCGUCCCGAUACUGCCCGGAGCGCGCCCAAGAACUUCGUCCUAUAUAGUAUUCUUGACAAUACCACACGAGUGGAGAGCGCGCGCGGUUCCUACACUUACAACAGGCCCGCCAAACAAUACUUCCCGCUAACCGCUAAGAUUCCAGUAAGACGCGUCGCAUUCACAGUACUCUCCAACCAGGGCAAUGAAAGGUAUACUUGUUUAUAUCGAGUACAUUUGUAUGGUACUCUUGAAACUAAUCAAAAUAAUUAAUUGUA